AUGGCCGGGUUUCUGAUGAUCACUUAUAUUUGGGAGCAGACGCUGAUGAAGGUGAAUUCAUUGGAACGUGAAGAGAUGAGUUUUCCAUUCAGACUGGGUGGACUUUUGGCAGCUGUCAAAGGGGUUUUGACCGACAUUCAAGCUAUGUUACAAGGUGUUGAGGAGAGGCUCUUGCCGACAAAACUGUUCUUGGAACUUCAUCAACAUGUUGAUUUGCUUGAAGUUGCAUUAGAACGAUUUGCUUUCAUGACUAUACGUGACAAGGUACGCUUGUCUAUUAUUGAUGAUUCCAAUGUCCAGCAUGUAAGUUCUAUAAUACGAAACCACUUGGAUACCGUGCAUCGUUUACUUGAUAGAAUGCGUAUAUCAUUGGAAGAGAUCAGAGAAUCGGAUGAAUUCAAGAAACAAGAAGUUGGAUUAUCCGGUCUUCCCCUAAUACUCCACAGUGAAGGUUGUCACAAGUUAAUCUCUCUUCUAAUGCCAAGUGUGAAGACCUUCACUUCCCUUGAAUAUUUGAGACUUGAAGGUUUUCCUGAUCUGUUGUCCAUUCCAGAUCUCCAAAACCUCUCUCUUAAAGGUCUGGCAAUAAAACACUGUCCGAAUCUAGCAUGGAUUGCAAGUUUGCAACAUCUGACAGCUCUUGAAGAUUUAAGAAUAGAAGUUUGUCCUAAUCUGGAGUCCAUUCCAAGUGUAGGGGGCCUAUCGGCUUUUAGGCAGCUUGUUAUCUGGGUGCUGAAACUGAAACCUGUUUUCCUUUGA